UAGUAUAAUUUAUUCUUUGAUAAAGAACAUCUCGUCACCCACCCACCCACACCACCUCAACACCGCCGUUGCUGAUAAUUCCGGCUUAUCUCCGCCGCCAAAUUCCGGCUUCUUUUCUCAAAAUCAAACAUGCUCACACCUCACACCUCACACCUCCAUCUUCGAUCCAAAUUAACAAAAAAAUACCCUUCACUUUUCUAAAUAUAGAUCAAUCAUCUCUUGUUUUGUGUCACAUAAUUAUAUUUAUUCAAUCUUCAUAACUCUUCUAGCUAGGGUUUCAUUUACCACCCUCACUUUCUUGAAUUCCCAAUAACAAAAAAAGGGUUUUCCCACCUUUUUCAAUAUCUGAAUUCAUCAAAAACUAUGGAAGAAUACAAUCAUCACCUCACCGAGACCUCCAAUUCAGGAGGCGCCGCCUUCUUCUACGGCGGCGGCUCCAACGGCGGCGGUGGAGGCUUCCAUAUCCAUUCUUGCUACGACUCCCCGGCCGUGAAGACCGAGGCCGGAACCUCCCACCCUAGGUUCCAAUAUCCGUCCACUUUCAAUAGUCUCGAUCCGAUCGAAACCGACACCGUCAAAGCCAAAAUAAUUGCACAUCCCCAAUAUUCCAAUCUAUUGGAAGCUUACAUGGAUUGUCAAAAGGUUGGGGCGCCGGCAGAGGUCGUGGCGCGGCUAGCGGCCGUGCGGGAGGAGUUCCAGGCGCGCCAGCGGGCGGCCGUGGCGAGCCGAAACGAGUACUCCAAGGAUCCGGAACUCGACCAAUUUAUGGAAGCUUACUAUGAUAUGUUGGUGAAAUAUCGAGAAGAGCUAAAUCGCCCCUUGCAAGAAGCCAUGGAUUUCAUGCGUCGCAUCGAAUCGCAGCUCAACGUCCUCACCAACGCCCCCGUCCGCAUCUUCAACUCCGAGGACAAGAGUGAGGGCAUCAGUUCGUCAGAGGAGGAGCAAGAGAACAGCGCGGGAGAGACAGGGCUGGCGGAGAUCGAUCCACGAGCAGAAGACCGAGAGCUGAAAACCCACCUCCUAAAAAAGUACAGUGGAUACUUGAGUAGUCUCAAGCAAGAACUCUCGAAGAAGAAGAAGAAAGGGAAACUGCCUAAAGAGGCUCGCCAAAAGCUUCUUAGCUGGUGGGAGCUUCAUUACAAGUGGCCUUAUCCAUCGGAAUCAGAGAAGGUGGCAUUGGCAGAAUCAACUGGUUUGGACCAAAAACAGAUAAAUAAUUGGUUCAUAAACCAAAGAAAAAGGCAUUGGAAGCCAUCAGAAGAUAUGCAAUUUAUGGUGAUGGAUGGACUUCAUCCACAAAAUGGAGCCCUCUAUAUGGAGGGCCACUAUAUGCCUGACGGUCCAUAUAGGCUCGGGCCGUGAUGCUAGAUGCGCCUCGCCCUAUGUAUACGACGUCGUUUUGGGUGAAGUGAGUUGUAAUAGUUUCCUAGCUCAAGCUUAUAUAUAUAUAUAGUUGUAAGCUAUUGAUUGUGAGCAAUAACAUUAUGCAUAAAAUUAAGUUAAUUUGCUUUUGAUAAUGGAAAAAUAUAAAUUACUAUCAA